UGUUUUCUUGAUGCGGGUUUUGAUUGGACGGAUGAUGUUUGUCUCCGCCCACAGUAUGCCGUUUCCAUGGCGAUCCAACAUGGCCGCACACGGAAGACAACCUGUUUUGUCCUCCACACCACUGCAGAUCCUGUUUCAUUUGAACGGCUGGUAUUUUGCAGCAUUCUUCAUCGCUGAGAUUCUUAUGUUUAUCUAUAAAGGGGUGAUACUCCCUUACCCACAAGCUAACCUGAUAUUGGAUGUUGUCCUGCUGCUCCUCUUCUUGGGCCUUGAGACCCUCAGACUCUUCUAUGGCUGGAAGGGGAACCUGUGUCAGCGCUCUCUAGCUCUGUGUGUGAGUGUUGGUGUUCUGGUGCCCUGUGCAGUGCUGAGCGUCUACUUCCUGCUGCUUCAGACCUUUGUUUUACGCCUUGAGUUUGUACUCAAUGCUGUGCUGCUCUGCUUUUACAGCUUUGAGCUGGUUCUGGGAAUGAUGACGAUCUCUAUUUUUUCAAGGGCCAACAUUUAUUAAGUCCAUUUGCUUUUUUGAUGUCAGGAUGAAAUCACUGAAGAGAAUAAGAUGCAGUCUUUCAGACCGACUGCUGUCAAAACAUGUAUGUUUCAUAAAACAGACAUUUCAUAUGUACACUUUUUCUAAAAUAUAUAUGAAGCGCCUUAAAUAUGUAGACCUUGAGAUGU